CAGUCGCCGGCCGGGAGGCGUGUACCGAGGCGGCCAAUACGGUUCGUUCGGUGCUCAGUUUGCAUUACUCAUUAUCGGUGUAAAGAGCGAUAAUCCUCGUGCGGGCGGCAGUGUGUGCGUGUGGACGCGGGCGCCGGCACGGCGUGGAGCGCGCCUGCCCGACCCCGCCAGCCAUGGCGACCGCCGCGCCGCGCUACUGCUUCCCUCCGGAGACCUACUCCGCCGUCUACACCCCCGCCCCCGUGGUAACGUCAGCUGAAGAUGGUUGCGAGAGCCGGGAGUGCGCGGCCGCUGCGUCCGACAGUCGCCCCGCCACUUUACUCAGCUGCUUCAGAUGUGCUUUCAAAAACGGAAAAAGAAUUUUCCGAAGAGAAAGACUUGCUACGAAAACGAAGGUCGCCGCACCUGGCAAGGAGGAUGAGAGGUGGCGCAAGGAGGGCGCUCUGUUCCGCCGCUGGGGCCGCGCCGCCCCGCAGGAGGCGCCCACCGCGCCCCCGGCCGCCACCACCCCCUCCGAUCUACUCAAGUUCCUAGCUAUUAAUGCUUUAGAAUUAUCCGCGCCGGCGUCGGACGCGCUGCUGAAGUCGCGGUCGUCGGAGUGGUUCCAGCUGGCGGGGCACCCGGGCUCGCUGGCGCCGGCCGGGCCGGGCACGGUGUGGAAGCGCCGCGCGCCGGGCGACCACGCCGCGCACUCGCCCGAGCGCGACGCCUACGAGGCGCUGGCCGCCUGCCCGCACAUGCGCGCCGCCAUCCCGCGCUACUACCGCGAGCUGGAGUACCAGGGCGAGCGCUUCCUGGAGCUGCAGGACCUGCUGCACGGCUUCCGCGACCCGCACGUCAUGGACGUGAAGAUGGGCACGCGCACCUUCCUCGAGGACGAGGUGAGCAACGAGCGCGCGCGCCCCGACCUGUACGACAAGAUGGUGCGGCUCGACCCGCGCGCGCCCAGCGCCGCCGAGCACGCCGCGCGCGCCGUCACCAAGCUGCGCUACAUGCAGUUCCGCGAGCAGCGCUCCUCCUCGGCCGAGCAGGGCUUCCGCAUCGAGGCGGUGAAGCUGCCGGGCCGCGCGCCGCUCACGGACCUGCAGGCGGUGCGCGAGCCCCAGCAGCUGGCCGCCACCAUGGCGCGCUUCCUGGGCGCCAACGAGCGCGCGCGCCGCGCCAUCGUGCAGCGCCUGCGCGAGAUCCGCGACCUGUUCGAGAGCUCCGAGUACUUCAAGACGCACGAGAUCGUCGGCAGCAGCAUCUUCAUCAUCUUCGACGAGGAGCGCGCGGGCGCGUGGCUCAUCGACUUCGCCAAGACGCGCGAGGUGCCGGCGGGCGCGCGCGUGGACCACCGCGCUCGCUGGACGCAGGGCAACCACGAGGAGGGCUUCCUGUUCGGCCUGGACCGGCUCAUCGCCAUGAUGGAGGCGGUGGAGACCGACGUGUCGCGCUGAGCGCGCGGAGCCCCUGGACCGGCCCCCGCGCCCCGUGUGCCGCCCCCGCCCCCGCGCCCCCGCCCCCGAGUGGCCGCCCCCCGCGCCCGCCCGCUGCCGACAGCGCUCCGUGAUGUGAGCUCGAGGUGUACAGAAAUAACUAUUUUGUUGUGCAUUUGAAAAGAAUUGCGAUGUAUCGCUAACGUUUUGAUCUAGUCUUUAAUUUUAGAUAGGAUAUCUACUAUUGUAUAAAAAUAAUUAAUGUAUUAAAUACUUUUGAUAAUUUCAUAAA